UUGUCCAGUUCAAUCGAUUUCCACUUUUGACUUCAGUCUUCAGCCCUCAUAGUCAUAAUCAGUCCUUACGUCCCAUGAACUAAACGCUUAUGUGGUGUUUUCGGCAACACUGCGGACCCAGUUUCUACUUCUUUUGAACCAGAACCAGAGAACACAACAUGGCGAGCAAUGAAGGAGAUCCGUGUUGGUGCUCCUUGUGUUCAAUUCGUGUUCCUGGAGCACAUGAAAUGUCCAAGCAUGUGGAGGGGAAGAAGCACGUACGCAUGAUGGCUUCCAGUGAGGCUAGACUGAGGCAUGAGAAACAGAGUGUGUUUGUUCGCAACUUCCCAGCCGGCACUGAUGAGAAGCAGCUUGGGGCAGUCUUCGCGGCAAUGGGACACGUUGAGAAGAUCAUAUUCGACAAAAACUCCGAUGCUCCCAAGUUUGCGAUUGUCGAGUUUUCAAGUGAGCAAGCUGUUGAGAAGGUCCUUGGUCAUCCAGAGCCGUUCCUGCUGAAGGAGCGUCGGCUUGUUGUCAAAGCGCGUAAUUCAAAGACGGCAGAAAAGUCAACCCCCAAGAAAGCGCCUGACACAGCACCCAGCAGGGCAAAGGCAGAUGCUUCAAAGACAAAGGCUGAGAAGAUGGAUGAUGGUGGGCCAUCAUCUAGUGCCACUGAAGAGUCACUGGAUCCUGCCAUACAGCAGUUAAAUGCAGCACCAUCUAUGGAGGAGCAGUUCCGGUGUCUUGUGAACUUGCAAUCACCCAACGAUGAUGACAUGCGGAAACGGCAAGAGUUGGCUGGGAAAGUCAGAGAUGCCUUGCAGACGCAUGCGUAUGCGUCGAAUAGCGAUGUCGCCGUGCAGCUGUAUGGCUCAGCAACCUCGGGGUUUGGCCUGAGAAGCAGUGAUGUAGACAUGACACUCGUCACAGCUGGCUCAGCGCCGGAACAAGAGAAGGUCGCGGAGGUGACCAUGCUGGAUGAGCUGGACAAGGCAAAGCUAUCUUCCACGGACUCCAGUUUCUCAUCUUUGGCAGACUCUUCAGCUGUUAGUCACGCAAGCCUGCAAACACUGGGGCAGAGCUCUGCUGAUGAGGUGGCUGCGGCUGACAAGGUGAAGGAGCAACUUGAAGCCAUCGCUUCUGUUAUACGCCAUCAUGUCGCCGGGUGUGGUCGAGUCUUCACCAUUCCCAAAGCGCGUCGACCUGUCGUCCGCUUUUACAAUUCCGACCUGAAGCUCCAGUGCGACCUGACUUUAAAUAAUAAACUGGCAAUAGAAAACUCCCGUCUCCUCCAGCAAUACGCAAAGUCUGACCACCGUGUUCUGCCACUUGCACACGCUGUACGAGUCUGGGCUUGCAGCCAUAGCCUGAGUGGGACUUCAUCCUCGCUGCUAUCCGGCUAUAGCCUGGCACUGCUGGUCAUUGCCUUUCUGCAACGAACCCAGCCACCCGUUCUACCAUGUUUGCAGCAAGCACCCUCUACUGCAGGCCAGCCUGCAACUAGCAGACACACAUUAUCACCGUCCGUAAUUGAUGGUUGGCACUGCUCGGUAUUUGACGGCCAUCAGCCUGGGGUCAAUUUCAGUUCUGUGGACCAGCUUCUCCAUGACUUCUUCGUGUACUACGGCUCGUUUGACUUUGAGACGAAUGCGGUGGCCAUUCAUGUACCAUCCACCGUGAGCAUCAGCGAUGUACUCCUGGUGUCGGCGCAGCGUGUUGAUGACUAUUCAUCCUGCAAUGGAGUUGCUGGCAACAAUCACCUGGCUAGGCUGUCUGUAUUCCGCCAGAGCUCCAUGUGUAUCCAAGAUCCGUUUGAAGUUACGCACAAUGUCAAUGCCGGUGCUGGUCCACCAUUGCUACGGCACUUUGUUGACCAGUGUCGUUCCACUGCGCUGCUGUGCCAAACUGACUGGCUCAAGCAGCCACAUAGCAGUACCGCCGAUGGUACCAGCAGUGACGGCAGCAGCUCAGAACAACCUGCUAGCAAUUGGGGAUUAUCUCAGAUCAUUGCACCGCCUGCUGGCCCUGGAGUCAGAUUUCUGUCGAUUUCCCUCACUGCUGACCAGAUAUCUGCCCAUCUUUCUAAAACCCAAAGCUCCACUAGCUCCACCACAUCUGCACCUCCCGCGCACAGCAAAAAGCGUGUCCUCAACUCUAUCUGUGAUCUGAUGGUAGUAGAUUUUGGAUUUAAGACCACGCUGCAGCAGGUGGAACUGGACGGUUGCAAUGAUGUUGAUGAUACGAGUGAUUCAGAAGAGAAUGAGAAAACCGAACAGUCUUCGGAUGAAGACGACAAUGCUGCCGGUGACUUUCGCAGCCUUCCUGGGAAAGUCAAGAAGUCUCUUGGUGGCGGUGCUGCAGCUAAGCGCACUCGCCACGCAUCUGAGCAAGCAACUUCUGACGGCCUGGGACAGGCAAAGAACUGUGUUCAGGCUUAUUGCGAAGCCAGAGAGAACACAUGGCUUCAUCGACGGCGAUGGCGACGGGAAAUGCAGCGACGUCGUGCAGCUGCUGACCGUGGAAAUACUGCAGAGAUCACUGAUCAGCUGACGUCAGUGUCCACACCGCUUGUUCUGGCGUUCCAGUUGCACGUCUUGAAGGCGCGCUCUGCUGGAUCUUGCAUGUAUUCCAUAGUGUUCCAACCGACGGAAACGAAGUUCAUGAACGAGCUUCAUGUAUUCGUGGCUGUCCUUCGGAAGGACUUGAUUCAGAAAACCUCUGCGUAACACUAUCAGCGUGUUCUUUGAAUGAUGAACCGUCUGUUCAGGGUCACUUAUUUUCACGCAAUCCUUGGGUGUAUUGCGUUGGUCAUUCCCAUUCUGUCUGUUGAUUUAUGCUCGCUUUUUAACCCCUUUUCUAUAGAAUUUUUAGUUUCAUGACUUCAUUCUUUUACCAUCUAGUCUUUGUAAUGAUGCUUGCUCCAGCACAUCCUUUCCUUUGCUGUUGCGUAACACCAUGGUCAACCCUCAGUGCACUAGUCAAUCACCUCCUAACACCUGAGACUGAGUUGUGAACUCUUGCUGUCAUUGUGUUACAUCACCGUUGCCAUGGCAACGGUCAUAUAAUUUUUCGGGUUUUGACUUUUGAGUGAUUUUUGAAUAUUUUCUAGACAUUUUUCACAUACAGUACUACCUUUUUUGGAUUUGAAUAUUGAUGCUCAAGAACAAUAUCUUGUAUCUCAAUACACAGUUUCUUGCGAAUAAUCUGGACGUACGUAGAAUACUGAACUG